UGUACUCUAAACUGGGUCAUUCUCCACCCAGAGGGCUCGUGGCUCACUCUCCGUGUGGAUCCCCUGAGCCGUUGGCUUCAAGUGGCUUCAACAGCCCAGCCCGGGGAGAGAGAAAAAUGGGAAACAGCAUGCGAUCUACCCCGGCGCCUCCCGAGAGGCCUCUGCCUAGCCCAGAGGGACUGGAUAGCGACUUCCUGGCUGUGCUGAGUGACUACCCGUCUCCUGACAUCAGCCCCCCGAUAUUCCGCCGUGGGGAGAAACUGCGUGUGAUUUCUGAUGAAGGGGGCUGGUGGAAAGCUAUUUCCCUUAGCACUGGUCGAGAGAGCUACAUUCCUGGAAUAUGUGUGGCCAGAGUUUACCAUGGCUGGCUGUUUGAAGGGCUGGGCAGAGACAAAGCUGAGGAGCUGCUACAGCUGCCAGACACGAAAAUCGGCUCCUUCAUGAUCAGGGAGAGUGAGACCAAGAGAGGUUUUUAUUCGCUCUCGGUUAGACACCGGCAGGUGAAGCACUACCGCAUCUUCCGUCUGCCAAACAACUGGUAUUACAUUUCCCCAAGGCUCACCUUCCAGUGCCUGGAGGACCUGGUGAACCACUAUUCUGAGGUGGCCGACGGCCUCUGCUGUGUGCUGACCACGCCCUGCCUCACUCAGACCACGGCUGCCCCAGCAGUGAGGGCCCCCGACGCACCUGUCACCUUGCGCCAGAAGACCUUCGACUGGAAGAGGGCAUCCAGACGGCAAGAUGACCCGGAGGGGGCUGAGAAUCCACUCAGUGUGGAUGAGUCCCUUUUCAGCUACGGCCUGCGGGAAAGCAUCGCCUCCUACCUGUCCCUGACUGGGGAUGACAGCACCUCCUUCGAUCGAAAGAAGAAAAGCGCCUCUUUGAUGUACAGUGGAAGCAAAAGAAAGAGCUCUUUCUUCUCGUCGACGCCGUACUUUGAAGACUAGCCCGAGAACAGACACCAUGGCGUUUGCCCAAAAUAACAGAGGUUCAAACUGUCACCUGGGAUCUUGCAGAGAGGCAUGGUUUCCUGGUCCCUGGGGAAACCCACAUCUUCCAGAAACCAAGAGAGGCCACAUGGAGAAUUGAACUCUCAUCUUCUCCAUCUGCGUCAUGACAAAGGGAACCCCUCCCUGGCAUCUGAUCGGGCACUUUGCAAAAUGCGGACUCCUGGCGCGUUCGGGCGAGGGUUCCGAAGAGCCCUGCGUGUGUGCACGUGCACGCCGCAUUUGUGGGAAAGACAAAGACGCUGUCUCACAGAAACGUGCCCAACCAAGGACCGCUCUGCAACACACCGCCCAGGUGGGCUCACUCUGAGGUCCCUGAAGAAAACUUCUAAAUGAGAAAAGCCCGAGAAGAAGAUGAACCAGAAACUGUGGCCUGGCAGAAAGUCUGGGUUUGCAAAUUGAUCUCCUGCAUUGAACUUUUGUAACCAAUCUGUAAAGAGACCUCCGGGAUACAGUUCCUCUCUUUUUAAGGGAGAUCAGUGACACUAAAUGCUAACCUUCCUUAUGAGCCCUGAAUGGGGAGAUCCCUUUGGGCUUCUCAUUCCAAAGGUACGUGUGUAGAAGUCAGAUGGCCUCCCUACUUCCGCUGAGACCACGAGUAAUGGGGGAGGGGGUGGCUGCUGACGGGGAAAGCACGAGGGCAGGCCUGGCACCAUGCAAGAUUUCAUGAGGUCGCCAACCACGGCUCACAGCACAGGAGGAGCUUCUCUGGGGUGCUGAGAUUCUUGUCUAUAUUAAUGCAUCAAUUACUCAUUCAUGACAGUGACUGCCAGAGCGGCCCUGUGUUCAGUUCUGUGUAAGGUGUCAGGUC